UACAAAAGAGCCCACCGCCGUUCGUACCCUCAAGAAGCGCCCUUUUCUUUCACGCAUUCGCGUACAGUCCCAGGAAGAAGAUGUAUGCGAACUGCAGCGAAAUAGCUUAGUUUUGAGUUUCACUUCUCGAUCAGCAAUAACGGGUUUUCGCAAUUUCUGAUUCUGUGUAGCUAACUACGCUAGCUCCAUAUAACGCAAGAUUGUGAAGUUUGUGAUAGUGUAUAAAUGUAUAACUUUGCUUAGGGUUUCAACUCUCAUCUCCCUCAAAAUGGAGGCGCUGGUUGAAAACCCUAGAGCUAGACUCUCUGUGGUUCCCCUCAAGCAGGGCGUCCCUUCAUCAUCACAAACUCCAGGACAAGAAUCUCAACAACCACAGCAGUUACCUACACAUCUUGAGAACCAAGAUGUGUCUCCACCUGCCAAAAUUCUCUAUGAAAUCCUGAUCAAGGCCUCACCUCAGGAGGUUGAGGCCGCCCUAACAGCCACCAGAAUCAAACCCAUACCUGAAAUUGUUGGAGAGGUGCUCAAGCUCUUGCAUGAAUCGCCCCAGGCUGCUAUCAAGUUCUUCCGGUGGGCUGGGAUUGCUCAGAAGCACGCAGCCCAUUCAUGGAACCUGAUGGUGGAUAUGCUUGGCAAGAACAGGAUGUUUGAACCAAUGUGGGAUGCAAUCAGGUCGAUGAAGCAAGAAGGUGUGCUGUCGGUGGCAACAUUUGUGUUGGUGUUUGGGAGCUAUUGUGCUGCAGGUAGGUUCAAUGAAGCUGUCAUGACCUUUGACGUGAUGGAGAAAUAUGGAGUUCAACCUGAUAUUGUGGCCGUGAACUCCCUCUUGAGUGCAAUUUGUCGUGAGGAUAAGCAAACCUCAAGAGCGCUUGAGUUCUUUGAGCGGAUUAAGACUAAAAUUGCCCCAGAUGCAGAUUCUUUCACCAUUUUAUUGGAAGGAUGGCAGAAGGAAGGGAAUGUGGCAAAGGCAAAGACCACUUUUGGGGAGAUGGUGAUUCGGGUCGGUUGGAGCCCACAAUACAGGGAUGCUUAUGAUGCAUUCUUGACCACUCUUGUCAAUGGUUCACAGGUGGACGAGACAACCAAGUUUCUUCAAGUUAUGAAGGGGAAAAACUGUUUGCCAGGUUUGAAAUUCUUCUCUAGUGCUAUUGAUAUUCUUGUUAAAAAGAAGGAUUCAGCUCACGCUGCCCUUCUGUGGGAUAUAAUGGUUGGAAGCGGAUUGGCACCCAAUUUGAUAAUGUACAAUGCGAUGAUUGGAUUGCUUUGCAACAACAAUGACAUUGAUAAUGCCUUCCGUUUCCUUGAUGAGAUGGUCUUCUAUGGUGCCUUCCCAGAUAGUUUGUCUUAUAACAUGAUUUUCCAAUGCUUGAUUAAGAACAAAAGGGUCCGAGAAGCAGGCAGGUUUUUCUUCGAGAUGAUCAAGAAUGAAUGGCCUCCAACUCAUACAAAUUGUGCUGCUGCUAUCUCGAUGUUCUAUGACCGUGAUGAUCCUGAGAUGGCUAUUGAAGUCUGGGAGUACAUGAUUAAGAAUUGCAUUCAGCCUCUUGAAGAGAGUGCAAAUGAGUUGCUUAUUGGGCUCUCAAAAAUGGACAGGUUGACAGAGACAAAAAGGAUCAUGGAAACUAUACUUGAUAUGAGAAUCAAUAUCCAUGAAUCAACUAUGGAGAAGCUGAAAACUGCUUUCUAUAGGAAGGGUAAAAGUGCACAUGACACUUAUGAUAGUCUUGAAAGGAAGUGGAAAUCUUCCUAGAUCCCGUGAUUGGGAUUUCUUCCAGUGGCAUUUACAUAUUUUUUUUCAUCUUUUUUUGUUUGUUUGCUUUAUUUUGAUAAUGAAUGAGACUUCUUAUGACAGUUAUAAGUGGAAACUCUAUGAAGCAAGUUGGUUGUACCAUUUUUGGGUAAUGAACUGCUUCUCUCUCCUGUAUAUUUGCAUUGAGAUAUGCUAUCUUGCUAGCUACCUUGUUUGCUGAGCAUGUGCUUCUUGAUCUGUUGACUUGAUUAAUUUCUACUUUGAUACCCAUUUUUACAUGCCCAUUUCAGGAUGUAAGAUGUGGCUUACUUUUCGGGGGUGUGUCAGUGCUUUUCUCUGCUUUAUAGAGAACGGCAAUAUCUAUGUGUGUUGCUUUGUUAGCAAAUCUCUUUAUCUCAUGGUUAUGAUGGGGAAUGGACGCAUCAUUCCUCUAUUUUUUUGUCAUUGUGUGUUUGCACAUGUGCUCUCGUAUGUCAUUUCUCUUUAGCUUUUAUGUUUCAACUCUUUCUCUCUCUUUUUUUCCCCCUAUUAUUCUCUGAUUUUUGGAUCUUUAUAGAAAGUUAUGCUACAUGACUGUUUAUCAUUAACUUCCUACCAUGGCAUAUUGGUGACUUAAUUUUGGAAUACUUUGUUUCCUGUUUUGCUGGUAUUUUGUUUCACAUUCAUAUUUGUAACACCAACAGCAUUCAUAUUUGUAACACCAACAGAAUAUUUUGUGAGAGAACUGAAGAAUAGCAUUAACUAGGAUUAGAUUCUAUUUUCUUUAUUCUAUAUAGUUUAUGCUUUUGCUAACUGGGCUCCAUAUUUGUCUCUUAUUGUGAGCAAAAUGUUCACUACUAUUUCUAAAUUUAACAAGGCAGUCUCAAGUUGGCCAAACUGCUUAUUACUCUCAGGUUUAUGAACCUGACUUAGGGUUUCUGAAGAAAUUAGGAAGAAAUUGGGAGAGAGAGAAUCAAGUAAGAGAGAGAGAGAUCAGAAAGAACAGAGAGAGAGAGAGAGAAGAUAGAGAGAAUUUGAGAGAAUGAAUUCUGUCAUUUCACAUCAUAAUCUCCCCUCCUCUAAGUAGUAACCUAUUUAUAGACCUUCUACCUUUCAGUUGUAACUGUUAACUAAAAGAUGCAAGUUGCUUUUAGGCAGUUACAACUAUUAACUGAAAGGUACAAUUUUAGCAGCAGCCACAAAGUACAAUACAGUAAUUGCAACAAGCUGCAAUUACUGUUACAGCCCUAGGGUCUUGACAACCCCCCUCCUUAAAAGAUUUCUUGUCUCCAAGAAAUCACAGUAACUGGCCAAUAUUUCUUCCUUCUUAGACCUUUCCUUCGCCUUCUCUUUUUCCUUUGUCUUUUUCUUUUUCCUCUCUUUCUUUCUCCUUCUUGUCUUUUUCUUCUUCUCUCUUAUGUUCCUUUUUUUUGCUUUUCCUGCAAUUGCAAGAUGUGGUUCUCAAAUAUCUCCUUGUCAAAGCUUUCUUUUCCAAUUUAUCUGUAUUCUGAAACAGAAGUUUUAGUGAUUUCCUUGACCUUCAUGCAGUAAUCACUCCAGUGAGUCUUAGCGAUAAGUAUUCUGGCAGCAACAUGCUCUUCCAUCAUCUUCCAAAGCGCAUCACGGUUCUUCUGUUCAGCCCCUUUCAAUUGUUCCUUCUGCAUCCUCCUCUACGCCUCUUGAGCUUUUUCCUUCUCCUUUUUCUGAAGAUCCACCAAGUAGCUUUUGAACAAAUCUUCAUGCUCUACAGGUCGCUCUAUCGCCUUGAACUGUUCAUCUUCCUUAAACAUAAUGGUAGCUUUACUCCAUCUUGUGGAUGAAGUGAGUUCCUUACACUCUUCCAACAUUUUUGUGAAUUCCUUACAAGCUUUUUUCAUUCUCAUUCGCCUUUCCUCAGCCUCCAGCUUCUUCCUUUGGCCCAAGUACUUGUUGAAUGCCUGUUUAUGCUCACCAGGAGCUCUUAAAGCCCCAUAUCUCUUGUCAUCGAUGAUUACUCGCAUUGCCUGCUCUGGGGUCCAGUUGGAUUCAACAUUUACAUACUCCGACAGUGCUUUAAAGCAUCUUUUACUUCCUUGCUAGUGUACACCAAAGGUUCAUCUUCAGCUGAUUUCUCCUCUAAUGUUGUCACAUUGACUUUUUUGGUAACUGCCAUUCCUUGCUUGGCAUCCUGAAUUGCUUGAUCCAAUACAGGUAAUUCAUCAGCUUCUUGCAAACCGGAGGUAUAAGGUAGUAUUUCAGCUCCUGCUAGAAUCGGUUCUGCAGUGGAUCUUGGAGGAAAAUCCACUAGUAGGCUGGCCUAAGUCACCUUUGAAAACAUUUUCAGGAAUCCAUCCAGCCUUUGGCUGAGACUAGAGAAUUCUUCCUUAACUCCUUUCUCCAAUUUCUGUACAAUUUCUCUUGUUACAGCAUUUUCUGCUCGGCAGUGACUCACCUCCUCUUGAGUCUGUCAUAAGCCUAGUUCCAUUGUAUCCAAUCUCACUUCCAAUUGCCUCAUGCGAGUGUCUUCUGCUAUCUCUACAGUUCAAUUCUUUGGAAUUUCGCCUCUGACACAGCCUCCAAGAAUCGCUGCUCUGAUGCCAAGUGUCAGGUUUCUGAACCUGACUUAGGGUUUCUGAAGUAAUUAGGAAUAAAUGGGAGAGAGAAUUGAGAGAGAGAGAGAGAGAGAGAGAGAUCAGAAAGAACGGAGAGAAAGAGCCGAGAAAGAGAGAAAAGACACAGAGAAUUAGAGAGAAUGAAUUCUGUUAUUUCACAUCAUAAUCUCCCCACUCUAUGUAGUAACCUAUUUAUAUACCUUCUAGGGUUCAGUUAUAACUGUUAACUGAAAGAUGCAAGUUGCCUUCAGGCAGUUACAACUGUUAACUGAAAGGUACAAUUUUAGCAGCAGCCACAAAGUACAAUACUGUAAUUGCAACAACCUGCAAUUACUGUUACAGCCCCAGGGUCUUGACAUACUCUUGGGGAGAUUUUUCCAAUAUUGAAGUCCUUGAAUGGUGACAGAGCAUAUCACCUAUACAAUAGGGCUUCAACUUCCCUCUCUCAUCGUUGGGGUAUGAAUGAUUAAGAAUGGCAUUAUGGGUCUUCUAGGCCAGUUAAUGAAACAUUUUAGAUGCUACUUGUGGCUAUAAUUCUUAGGAAGGGGAAACCAUUAAUUUGGUGAUGUUUUUGUCUAAAGUUUACCAAAUGUAUUGAUCAACUAGUUUCAAUGUCUCAAAAUGCUUUCACAUAUAGAUAGCAGAUCUUGAUUUAGUCUAAAGGUGCUCUAGGGUUAUUCAAGCUAGAUGUCAAGAUAGAUUAUGAUCAUGGCAUUUGAGAUUUUCUUAUGUACUUAGCAGGGAAUGGGAAACGUGGAUUUUAUGUGUUGCCUGACAAGAUUCCAAGCAAGUUUGAUGGGGUUGGAGAUUGGGAGAUGUAGUGGCUCAUCCUCUAUUUACAUUGGUUAUAGAGGUAGAUGAUUUGGAGUUAAAAAACAGAGGAUUUAUAUUAGGUUUGUGGUGGGCCAAUAGAUACAAAAUUAAUGCCUUCUUAUUGAGAGUUACCAAACAAGACUUUUGGAAAUAUUAUAAAAAUUAAGCCUAACAAAGCUUGUAAGAAUGCCCUUCUUCAUCCAAGAUAUCUCAAAUUAAUGCUUGGACCUUAGAACCAAUUUUAAAACACUUCUUAUAUGUCUUAGAGGUUGCUUAACGGCCUCCAUCAAGCAAUCACCAUAUUUGCACCCUUGAAGCUGUUUAAGGAAGUAAAAUCUCACAUGUUGGAUGUAGUCCAAGUAGAUGAGGUCAUGAUUAUUGAAACCAGACCAGUUUGACCAGUUGGACCUGAACCGAUCACCUAGUCAGUUUGGUUCAAAAAAGUCUGAAAAUGUAUAUAAACUGAUCAAAACCAUUUAAAACUGGCGAGUUUUAUCAUUCCACAAGAAUGUGUCAUAUUAUUUUCUAUCCAAAGUACUGAAUAUCUACCAAUGUUUAAUGGUCUUUUUUCAUUAAUAGAUGGGUAAAUUAGUUUAUGAAAAAAAGAAAAGAAAAAGAAAACAAAAAGUGAAGAUAUAAACUGACUUCUUCAUUUUCUUAAAGCCCACUAUCUCUAUUAAGUGCAAAUUCUUUGCUUCAAGUCCCUAGUCUCUUUCCUAAUAAAGUCCAUCUCCAUCCGGCGAUAAAUUUGCAUCCAUCGCUGAUAGUGGGUUGGUGCAAGUCCAGAGGAUUGACUAACUAUGACCCCAACUUCCUUUAAUAUUUCGUCACCAUCUAGUAAAAUUAAGGACGAUGGACCCGUAUCCUUAAAGGCAAUUAAUGGAUUUGAGACAGACCAAUUGCUAUUCUCAUAUGCAAAAAUAUUUUCAAUCACCUUUGAAUGCAGCAAUGUAGAAUUGUUCGAUCUAGAAGUUGUUGCAACAUCAAUUCUAGUCAUCAUUCCAUCCUUCAUUACAGUAGAUAAAAAUCCUAAUCGGCCAGCUGUAGCAAGAACGCACAAAGCAACAGUAGCUUUGUUCUCCACAACCAAACUUUUGACUUCUUCAACUAUGUUCCUUAACUUUCCUCCAGCUACAAUCGGUCUCCAAAAUUCCUCACAACUUUGAAUCUGCUGCUUAAGGAGAGAACUCCUAUCAGGGUCAUAACUCUUAGAAGACUUCCCUUGGCUGCUACUAGGGCAUGUCUUGAUUAAUCGUUAUUCUGGAGGUUGGGCUAUCAAAGUUCUAAUAUUCCAAAUCCUGGCAUGUGGAACAAGCAUAGUGUCCAACUCUCUUCUGGUCUCCAUCCUAUGACUGAAAGACAAAUCAACAUCUCUCUUUUUAGCGAAUAUGUCCUACUCCCCUAAAACACCUGCUUUAGUUACCUCUAUUACAGCUAGCAUCAAAAACUGGUUUGCACCUUCUAAAAUAACCGCGAUUCUGUUAUAUUGUUCAGGGUUAAGAUCUUCUAUGUCGGCAGUAAGAUACCCUCCUGCUGAAGCUGUCUUAACAUUCUUAUUGCCUGUUUUAACCCCAGCCAAGGAAUCCUCAGCUUUUCCCAAAACGAAAUCCCACACAUUAGCUGAUUCUCCAUAUAUUGGACUAGGCACCCGGGGUAAUGCAAGGGACUUUGUUUCCUCUUUCAAUCCCUUCAAUAAUCCUUCAUUUUUCUCCUGCCAGCUGUCAUUAAACACAUCCUGAUUUAUUAGCCCUUCUUCUAUUUGCGUAACAAUUGUGCCCAAAUUUAUGUCAAUAGAAUUCUCCUUCAAUGGAGUUUCAAUAGUAGUUGUAAUAGGCAAACUGCCUUCCUCUGCAGCGUCAAUGGCCAAUAUAUCUCCUUCUACAACAACUCCAUCUUCUGAAUCAACCUUCUUCGAUGGUGUCACAGUGAUUAUUCCUACCACUGCCAUCCCUGUCCGAACAUCGAAUGCAAGAAAACUAUCCUCCUCGCAGUUCUCACCUCUAAUUUGAUUUAUAGCCUGCAUACCCACUGAAUCACCAGCUUCUUGCUAUUGUAAAAUGUGAUUCACACGAAUUUCCUUGACAAUUGUAACAUUAUUCAUUUCAACAUCUUUUUCCUCCGUUGGAGCCUCAAUAAUUCUUCCAAUAGUUGCCAUUUCUCCUUUGUCAUCGUGAAUAACCUGCCCCAUCUCAGGUUUAUCCUCACUUCUUGCAACAAUCAAUCUGAAUCUUAGGGUCUUAGUAGUCUUAGGAAUAUCUCUAAUUUGCUAGCUGCUCUUAGCAUAACUAUUUGGUUGCUGCAUGUGCUUUCUAGACAUGGCUUCCAAUGCUGUUUCAUGAAGCCUCGCCCUUUCUGUUGCUUGUUCUACUGUGGCAGGAAAUGUCAUUCUCACAAUAGGUCUCAACGCAUCGUUAAGACCAUCAAUGAAUUUCAUCACAAAGUAAGAUUCCUUCAAGGUCGGUUGAGAAUUAAGUAUCAGUUCUUUCAAUUCCUCAAAUUUGACCUUUUAAUCCAUUACUGACCCUUCUUGCGUUAGGUUAUUGAAUUCAUUUCUAAGUUGAUUUAAGGAAGUAGAGUACUCCUUCGAAAAGCAUUCAACAUGAACACUAAUAUGAAAUUUCGAUAAGAAUAGAAUCAUCAAGUUGUCCAACUUUCGUUUGAAGUUAUCAAUUUCAUUUCUUAUUGUGAUCGAUUCCUCCUCGAGUGUUUUCUCCCUUGACUGUGCACUUCCACUAAGUCCAACGACCAUCUCAUUAGUUCAAUUACUUGAAAAUUCACUGCUGUAGCAACCUCUUGCCUAGCUUUUGAGGACCUCUUCGAAAAUUCAUUCCGGUACUAAAAUUCAACAACCUUAAUCACAUAAACCUAAUUUAACAAACCCAAGCCAUUGCAAUUAUUGCUCCCACUUCCACAACCCUAAUUUGCUUUCGGAAUGGCCGCUAACAGUCGCCUAGAUUUGAAUCAGCUUUUAAAUUCUAAUUGGAAUUACGGGUAGGCUAUUGAACUGAUUCAACCUCCUGAAUCACCUGUCACUAGUCAGGUACUUGCCUACAAUUUCCAAUCGAAUUGAUCUGCUAGGCGAUAGAUCUGUUUUUUCCUUCAAUGUGGGACCUCGAACAAUUGGAGCAGGAGAAGUCGAAGCCACGGAACUGCUCUAUUGCAAUCCCCAAAGGAAUUGACUCGAAUAGCGCCUCAUGAAUCGCUUGCUGCUGCACCCGUUUUUGGUACUCGCUUUCAAAUUCCAAGCUUGUUUCAAGGGAUUGUUUUGUAAAUUUUAGUGGUUUUAGUAGGAUAGAUCUGUCCCUUAUACCUUCAAGUUGACUCGCCUCAAUCGCAAUUUAGUGGUCGAGGAUCACUGACUCUUCAUUGCCUUUAAGUUGAACCAAGAAUCACCAUCAAGGAUCAUAUUUGUCACCGUCAAGAAUCACCGUCGAACCAAGAAUCAUUGUUGUCUCUUUGUUGCCUUAAGUAGUCGAGGAUCACCAACUUAGCGA